AUGUCAUCAGAACUAGAGGAUGCAAAAGAAUUUGGGAAAUACUUAUUAAAACUGAAAGAGAAGAAUCAGAAUUUCUUUUUCGAGCUCGAACUCGAGGAUGAUCAGUCGAUUAAGCUUGCUUUUUGGGUGGACGCAAGGAGCAGGGCCGCCUGUGAGUAUUUCGGAGAUGACCAGGGUCGCAGCCGAGCUGCCAUCCCCUUCUCUAUCGCUCCUAGGCAUCGGCAUGCCCUCCUACUCCCUCAGUGGUCUCUGUCUCGCAAACCCUCGUUGGAUUCGGAAUCCUCUGUCUUUGUCUCAAUCGGCACCGUAAGCACUGGUUUUAUGAAUUUUGCAAAGGGAGUUGGAGGCGGUGGGAAGAGGUUGGUGGUGCUUGAUGAAAUGUACAAGAGGGAUAUUUUGAUCCCUACAGCUGGUGGAGCCUCCAUCACCAUUAGAGGGGUCUCUGAGGACAUUCGUUGUGAUAAAGGGGAUAGAAUAAGGUUCAAAUCCGAUGUGCUUGAGUUCAACCAGAUGUCUGAGUUGUUAAAUCAGAAAUCGGCAGUGCAAGGGAAAAUACCUUCUGGCUAUUUCAAUGCUCUUUUUGAUUUAAGUGGUAACUGGUUGAGGGAUGCUGCUGACAUCAAGUAUCUUGCUAUUGAUGGUUAUUUCAUUUCGCUUGACUAUUUACAUCUAACAGCUUCUCCACUUGUGCUGCAAGAGGAAGUUAAGAAGUCUGUUCCUGCUCAAUGGGACCUGGCGACAUUGGCUAGGUAAACACCACGCCCCUACUAUGUUUAGUAAGUAGAGUGGCGAAUUCACUAAAUUAAUCUUUGUAUUCCUGGUGUAAAUAUUGAGUGUCUUGAAUUCAAUUCGUUGUUGGUUGUUAUACAUUCAUCAUUUUGGCGAUCCUACAAAAUUUAGCCUAGUUGUUGUCUUAUUGAUGAACCGAACAGACUAAUGAAAGAGUUUCGACAUUGAUAGCACCCAUCUCAUUUGAUGUGGAGUGAUCUUGACAGUUUGAUAUGGUGUUUAAGUUUGGGUUUCUAUGUUGAUUCGUAUGUGAUGCUGAUGAAUUUUGUUAGGCAGGUUCAUUCAGACAUAUGGUACACACAUAGUAGUAGGUA